AUCACGAGGCUCUGCCCACCGCUGAGAGCUGCUGCUGCCGGAUAAUCGCUCCCUGCAGGAAUUACAUGAGGAGUGAACGUUACAGGUGGAGCGCAGAGCCGGAUCCAAGACCAGAAAAACAGCAACAGUCUCAACGGUUUUCUCAUGUAGAUCCCGACAACUUCUCCCGAGGUGGGCACCAUUAAGAUGAUCGCCUCCAGCAUCCCUCGCCAGUAGCUGGGCAGUAUGGCUCCUGCUCCUCCUUCCAGAGAGGACACCAGUAGCUCGUUAGCGCUGCGCUGGAGGCUAACGCCGACAUAGAUACACACCACGCUGGACCCUGAAUUCAAACUGAUCUGGAGCAAGCUGAGCUGUACCCCACAGGACGAGUUAAACAUACUUAUGAACGGUCUUCAGAGGAUGACACAUGUCCAGGACAGUGACGUCAUCACAGUGUAACAUCUGGACUGAGACUGUGGAUGAUGUUCUGUCUCUGAUCGGGUGCUUUGGUGGCGGAGCUGGACUGUGCAGCUCUUCCACACUUAGACAAACCUGGACUCUGAGCCAUGUCUCUUCUGUCAGCACUGAGCAUCAUCUGUGGAUUGAUGCUCCAUGUUUCACUGAGCACACUCAACAAUCACUACUGUGUCCCGCGGAAGACUGUCCCCUACCAGAACGAGCUAAAGUUGUUCAGAGAAGAGGGGAUCUUUAACUACUCCACUAUGCUAAUGAGAGACGAUCUGGGUGUGCUGCUGCUGGGGGCCAGAGAGGCAGUGUACGCUCUGGACAUCAACAACGUGUCUGUCAGGAAGGAUGUGGUGUAUUGGCGAGUUACCGAGGAGAAGCAGAAGGAGUGCACAUACAAAGGAAAACAUGCUGAGGUGGAAUGCCGAAACUACAUUCGGACGCUGCACAAAGUGAAUGACACCACGAUGUAUGUGUGUGGCACAAAUGCUUUUAGCCCCUCCUGUGAUUACAUGACGUUUGUUAAUGGACAGCUGAGGCUGCAGGGAAAACCAGAGGAGGGAAAGGGGAAGUGUCCUUUUGAUCCCUUCCAGAGAUACUCCUCCCUCAUGGUGGGAAAUGACCUGUAUUCUGCUACAUCCAUCAACUUUUUGGGCUCUGAGCCGGUGGUCCUGCGCAGCUCAGACUUGGCUCUCCGCACUGAGUUUAAGAGCUCCUGGCUCAGCGAGCCAAACUUUGUCUAUAUGGACGUUGUGGGGGAGAGUUUUAACAGUCCUGACGGUGAUGAUGACAAGGUGUACAUGUUCUUCAGUGAGAACGCCAUGGAGUACGACUUCUACAGCAAAGUUGCAGUUUCUCGAGUGGCCCGUGUCUGCAAGGGGGAUAUGGGCGGCCAGCGGACGCUGCAGAGGAAAUGGACGUCGUUCCUGAAAGCUCGUCUGGAUUGUUCCCUCCCUGAACCCAGCCUGCCCCCCAUUGUCCAGGAUGUCUUCCUGCUUAAGGACGAUGACUGGAGGAAGAGCGUCUUCUACGCUGUCUUUACUCCUCAGUCGAGCUUGUCACAGGUGUCUGCAGUCUGUGCAUACACGGUGUCUUCCAUUCGAGAUAUUUUCAAUGAGGGCAAGUUUAAGACACCCGUCGCUGUGGAGACGUCACACGUCAAGUGGGUGAUGUACACAGGAGAUGUGCCUGUGCCCAGACCAGGAGCGUGCAUCAAUAAUGUGGCACGUAAAAUGGGCAUGAAUCGCUCCCUGGACCUUCCUGACAAAACCCUCCAGUUCAUCAGGGACCGUCCCCUCAUGGACGAGGCUGUUCGCCCGCAGACAGGAGGGCCGCUGCUGCUCAAGAGGGGAGCUUUGCUGACUCGGAUUGUGGUGGACAGUGUGACGGCGCUGGAUGGAAAGAGAUAUGCCAUCAUGUUCAUUGGCACUGAAAAUGGUUACAUUCAGAAGGCUGUCAACUAUGAUGGAGAGAUGUUCAUCAUUGAGGAAAUUCAGCUGUAUGAAAACCCUGUGUCUAUUAGCAUCCUGCGCCUCUCACCCAGCAAGGGCCAGCUGUAUGCAGGUUCAGAGAUCGGUGCGGUCCAGAUGCCGGUCAGUAACUGCAGCCGCUAUGAUAUUUGUGUGGACUGCGUCCUGGCCAGAGACCCUUACUGUGCCUGGGACUUCACCAGCGAGAGGUGCUCCUCAGUCCGCAGCUUAUCAUCCUCCUCACACACUGCACUACAGAGUCUGAAGGAGGGAGACAUCUCACACUGUCCUCAGCCAGAUCCAGUAGCAGCUGUGGACUUUACCCUAGUUCCAGGGAACAACAUCCAGUUAACAUGCCAGCUCCACUCCAACUUGGCGCAGGUCCUUUGGCGUCUCUCUGACCAAACACUUCACUCUGGCGACAAAUACUACAUCUACAGCGGGGGCCUCCUCAUCCUGAGCGCCUCUGAAUCUGACGCCGGCCUGUACACCUGUGACUCAGUGGAGCUGAUCAAUGGCAAAACAUACAACCGGACUGUGGCGGUUUAUCAUUUACAGCUCUUCUCUGACCCAGAAGUGGAGGACAGCAAUACUCCUGGCACAGAGGUGACAAAUUCCUCAGACUCAAGUCACAGUACGACUACCGCUGCACCGGGGCUGGUCACCAAGGACCCGUUGUCCCAAGAGGAGCCAUUGUCCCCUGAGCAGCAGUCUGACAGCAGCAGGGUAACUCAUUUAGAGGUGGCUGUGGCUCUGUUGUCGCUGCUUUGUCUCUCCUUAAUGGGGGUCAUAUUUUGGAUCUGGAGUCAAGGACGUUGGGAGUGCAUCAAGUUUGCGCAGCGCAGGAGCGAUAACGACGGGAAGAGGCAGUCGGCCGAGUACAUGCACAUCCAGAACCGAACUUCAGAGAUAAAGUUCCUGGGGCCCGUGCCUGGAGGACCUUGCAGUGGCAAUAAUAAUCAUUCUGCUGUUGACUUCAAAGGGAACGGGGAGCACCACUUCACACCUAUGGCCAACAUUUCAAGUUUGGACGGGCUGGGAUACAUAAAUGAUGAGUCAGAGAUCUGACUGUGCUGAGGUAUAGAAUUCAGUCCGUCAACAGAGCACUAAUUAUCCUCCCAUAGGUGUGCUACUGUAGAAAACGUUUCACAUUAUAAAUUCUUUUGAUUGGUGUCCUGUUUCUCUUCACCAGUCUCCAACACUGUCGAUCGAUCAUUUCUGCACUGGGCAGCUAAUGUUCACUGAAGAGACUUCUCUGGUGGAAUUUAUACUCCAGGAAAUAAUUGGAAAGUCAUGUUUUUUUAUAUAUGUGUAUUUUUUUGUAUAAUGACAAAUUGUGAAUACACACUGUAAUAUAUUGUGUACAGGCAAGUUUUUUUUUUCAACUGCUAUUUAUUUGUUGCAAUUAAGUUUUUAUUUCAGCAGAUUUUAACACCUGUGAUCUUGUAAAUAGGUCUCGGCAACAACGAACAAGUAGCAAACACUUUGACCUCUGACUUCCAGGCACAUUUCAUUUUAUGUUCUGUUUAUUCAAGAUUCAUCAUCAGAGAGGGUACCGUCCAGUCUCUGGCUUUGUUAAUGAUUGCUUGCAAUACUUAUUUCCGGGUUGCAGUUAAAAAUGGACUUCAGAUUCACAUCUGCAUUUAGGGGAGACACUACAGGUGAAUAUGCUGAAACUUUUAUCGUGUAGAUAUCCCAAUAAAACUUCCCAAAUUGAUUACUUACAUUAAUACAGUUAUUUUUUGUAUAACACGUUUCCUGAAAUUGUAUGUUUAAAUAUGUAAAUGAUGUAUUAUCUAAUUAAAUGUGCACCUUUUGCAUACAUUUCCAGAACUGAAGUCUGAACAAUGGAUAAAGUCAAAUUCAAAAUUCUUGCUUCAUUACAUCAUGUGAGUCAGAUCCAACCCGCGCUCCUCCACAGUAGUUGUCCCAAUCACUUCUGGUUCCAAAAAACCAAGAUGGCAAUGGCCAAAAUGCCGAACUCGAGGCUUUAAAAUUGCAGUCCACAAACCAAUGCAUGACAUCAUGGCCACUACGUUCCAUUAUUUAAACAGUCAAUGAUUUUAACCUAUUACCAAGUCUGGAAAACAAUUUUUCUAAUUUCAGAUUUUUUUUCCAGGAUUUUCAUAAUCAUGGGAACCCUGAUUACAAGUUUCCCUUUUUUUCAUCCAAUUUGGGAGUAACAGCUCAUGAAGGUACCAGAACAUAAAUUAGAUUUGCACAGCUCAUUCAUUCAGUUGUACAGUCACAUAAAUAUCAUGUACGUCAGAAUCCCUUCAUAUAUUGACUUUGAAUAUAAAUCAAAAUAAGUGAAAAUAGAUUAUGUACAUCAAGUAAAUGAUACAUAUUCCUACAUUUUCAAGAUAAAACCCAAAAUAAAAACACUGGUGUGCUAUGUACAAGUCAACGCAUACCAACAUAAUUCAAUCACAAUUAACUGAAUUAAAGAGAAAAUAGAUAAAUAAGAAAAGCAUAUACACAUAUCGAUGUAUGUACAUAUAUACAUAAGCACAUACAUAAUGUUAUAAACUCCAUCUCAACUUUUAUCGUAAAUUCUAUUUUGCAACCUCUCAGCCCUAUCCCCGAAACCCUAAUUAAAUAUGCACUAAUUUGCUUACAUUUCCUGAACAGAAAUAUGAACUAAAAUAACCAGCUGGAUGUGUAUUUUGGAUGUUUUCUUUCCAUUUGUCUGAAAAAUGACGUUAUGGAAGCAAAACAGCCCAAAAUCUAAAAAAAGACAUUUUCACCUGUGGUGUCACCCCUAAAGCAUGCACAUGCCACUCAUAGGUGAUAUAGAGUGAACUCUGUAACUCUACCUUUCAUGACAAAAAUAAAAAUAUUCUACUCCAGUAAAUGUUAUAAACCAUCACAGAGAAUGAACUGUCAUUGGGAUGUAGACGUGUGACUGUCAGUGAACCAUCUCUUUGAAUCAGACACACAGCACAGGUAAGAAUGUUGGUUUUUGGUGUCAAACUUUGGAAAACGCAAUCCUUGUUGUUAAUAAAAAACUUUAUUGGGA